AUUUUAUAUUUUCCUGUUCUUCGUCCUAGUAAAAACGUUGAAGAUACCUACUGCUUCGUAUAAUACUUAAUAAAUUAUAUCACAACCUCAUUCGCAUGGAUGAUACACUAUUGCUCAUUCGUAAGUGAUGGUUUCGCCGAGAUAGACGUGCUGUGAUUAAAUAACAUGUUUCAUAUAAAGUGUGCCUUUGUGUUAUUAUGUGUCCAUAUUAUAGUUUCGUCUGGGCAACCUCGAAUGAAGUUCUUUCGCAAGGACUACCAUUUUAUAGAGACGACGGGCAGUUUUUAUAAAAUUCAAACAAUACACAAAAAUUGGGAACAAGCGAAAGAAAAAUGUGAAAUGGAGGGGGCCACACUAUUUUACCCUGAUGAUGAUGAUGAAGCUGAAGCAGUUAUGUCGUUUUGGAAUGAAACGCAACCAUUUUCGUGGGUGUUUAUUGGUGUCUCCGCUUUAAAUGUGCCCGAAGUAUUUGAAACUGUGGAUGGUAUUCCUAUAGGUGAAGUGUAUGACAGAUGGGGACCAGGAGAGCCCAACAAUGCUGGUGGCAAAGAGAGCUGUGUUAUAUUACGUCGGGACGGUACUCUUAACGACGAUCAGUGUGGUAAAGCCUACCCAUAUAUUUGCAAGAAGACUUUAGGGUCUCUCGAAUGGAACAACGUGUGUGACAUACCCGAUACGAAAUAUGAAUACAGUGAAAAGCUGGGCAGAUGUUAUAAAUUUCAUUCGACUCCUAUGAACUGGACAGCGGCGUAUACCGUUUGCAGUGCAGAACAGUCAUAUUUAGCCAUCAUAGAUAGUCAACAAGAAGCUGAUCAUCUAGUAAACUUAACAAAUAAUGCUAAUAAAGAUGUAGGCGGUAACUUCCUGAGGGGCGCCGUACAUUUAGGUUUUGUUCAAAGAAAUGAAUGGCGAUCAAUAAAAGGCAUGCCAUUAAAAUCUCUGGGAUAUACCAGAUGGGGAAACGGACAACCAGACGGCGGUGAGAAAGAAAAAUGUGGAUCAAUGUUCUACAAUGGCAAACUCAAUGACAUAAGUUGUAGCCAAAAAUGCUUCUUUAUUUGCGAGCAUGAAAUAUCAUUUCUCGAAUCUGCGAUCAAUCCGAGGAAGUGAUGGCGGCCAUUAGACAAAUCGAUGAAAUAAUAUAUCGUCUUAUAAAUCGGGAACUAAUGUUUGCCCGAAUGUGAUAUCAAGGUUCCAUAUCAUUAAACAUAUCCAAAUAAAUACUUUAAGAUAAAACUAUUUUCUAUUGU